AUGCCCGCUGAAAGCAGUAAUGCCCAGGACCCCCGCCAGGAGGUAGAAGAGAUCAAGAACCAGAACAAGCUUGAUGUGACCUUUAACGACGAUAAUAACGUUGGUAACGAUACGAACGCAAUGUGGGAGUGCAUCUACUAUUAUAAUGGAGACGAGAUCGGUGUUGCCCGGGCGACAAGCAAACAAGAGGCGAAAAGAUUGGCAGCUAUACAAGCUCGUGAUAAGUUGAAUCGUAUGGGAUACUACCGACAAUCCAAAAAGUCGUCCAAAGCCCAAUAA